CGUAAACGGUCACGGCUUUGCUUGUUGUUCGUUAACUUCCCCACAGAACAGUGUGUUGUCGCAGGUCGAUCCAUUAAGUGUUGGUAAACCGUAGCGCAAAGGAAGAAAAAGGAUAUUAAAAGUUGUGCUACAACUACAAGCUAACAAUACAACACCUGCUGUAGUUCAAUUGCGCAAAACCAAGUCCGGCAGUUCUUUACAUCUGUCCUUGCCGCCUCGCAGCAAACGGUUCAAUAGCGUCAUUAGUUGCUACGGUACAAAAGUCCUUGAAGGCUCUUAUUUAUUGAUCUGCCACAGCGCGAGUUGGUGUUCGUUUAUCCCUUCGCACAAGGAAAGCUCCAAUUUGUGCUGUGUGCUUGUGUUGUGAGAUAAAAUUAAAACGCACGUAAAAUGUCAGCCGAUGCGGAACUGUCGUCCAUCCUAAACCGUCGCCAGCAGAUCAACGAAGCACUGGACAAUGGACAGGCGGUAAAGCCCACGUUCAAAGUGGUCAACAUCUACACCGAGUUUCACGAGUUCUCGCGGAAGGAAAUCAAGGACUACCAAGCCACCUUCAGCAAGUACGAUGUCGGUAAUGAUGGAUAUCUCGAUCUGGCCGAGUUGAAGAUCAUGAUGGAAAAGCUGGGUGCUCCACAGACGCAUCUCGGCCUGAAGGGCAUGAUCGCGGAGGUGGACGAAGAUAAGGAUGGGAAGAUUUCGUUCCGCGAGUUUUUGCUCAUCUACCGUAAGGCACAUGCCGGUGAGCUCAUAUCCGAUUCCGGGCUCGGCCAGCUGGCCCGCCUGACGGAGAUCAACGUGGACGAGGUUGGAGUCGGUGGGGCGAAGAAUUUCUUCGAGGCCAAGAUCGAACAGCAGCUACGGACGAACAAGUUCCACGACGAGAUCCGGCAGGAGCAGGAAGAACGGCGCCGCAUGGAGGAGGAGCGUGUCGUGCGACGACAGCAGUUCCAACAGCGUGCGGCCGUUUUCCAGUAGAACCUAUCGUUGAUGAAUUCAAUGUUUUAAAUAUUUGUAUGUGUGCGUGUUUAUUGUAAAAAAAGUCUAAUUUAGAGUGUUAGUAAGGGUGGACAAAAGGAUACCUCUUGAACCUGCUCUCCGAGAGGUAUAGAAUUUUAAGUCAUAAAAGUCACUUCACACAGAGAGGCAGAGUGUGUGUGUGUUAAGAUUUAUGUGUCAGACUAAGGGGUUUUUGCUUUAAACAAAAAAAGGAACCUGCUAUUAUCACCACAAAGGAUGAAAUUUUAAGUUGCCACUACGAUUAACUCUUUAGUUGCCACACAAAUAGCGCUAAUAACACAAGUGUCAUUCGGUUCCCUUUGUUCAAAGGGAACACGCUUUCCAAAGCACUGUAAUGCACCUUCAGCAUUUCCUUAGACAUACACCAUCAUUAUCCUACCAUGCUCGUUCAUUUGAAAAAGUGACACCGCAGAAGCUAAUGCUAAGCAUAUUAUGAGCGAUCGAUGAUCCUACAGACCGCUCAACUUGCCGUCCAACAAGGGAGAUGGCAAAGAACCACAAAAAAGGGAAGAAGAUAGCACGAGGAUUUGAAAUAGAUGCGAACCGCUCCCUAGUCAAUCUUUAUCCAACUUUUGACCUAAAAUUGCACAGUAGAGACAGAGUUAGUAGAUCAAUCAAAAACAGAACAGCAAAAAUAACAUACUUAUAAAGAAGGACUUGAUUAUGAUGAUCGUUGUGCGAGGUGACGGCACCGUUCGUGAACCAAUCUCAGAUGGAAGAUAUAUUUUUGAUAAAGUAGA